UCUCUCCCCCCUUUUCGUACACACUUCCUCCCUCACUCUCCCCCGUCUCUCUGCACAUACACAAGCUUCUUUCUCUCACUUGGCCGCUCACUCACUCACUCACUCACUCGCUGGCUGGCUCACUCUCCCUCCCUCCCUCCUUUUUCCUCAGUCGUCAUUCUGUAACCACACGGACACACUCCACUUUGGCUCCCGUGUUUAUUCCGUUUCCAAAAGCCGCCGUCUCGGGCUAUAACCUCGCGCCCAAGCAUCCCCCGCUGCGUUCCAGCGUGAGGCUCAAACUGUACACAAAGAGCGGGAUAAUGACACAAAUGAAAGAGGAAAGAGACUGAUUUCAAAAGGAGUAAAAAGAAGAUUAAAAAACAAGGAGAGAGAGCUCGCGUUAAAAAGGUGGGAGGACAGUUUGAUUCAGUGCAAAUUGGGAUUAAACUGGCUCUGCUGGAAAGUUAAAGGUGAUGACCUCCACAAAUCCCUGAUCCUGACAAACCCAGGAAAAAAAAAAACACAACUGCUUUUGGGUUCACCACACCCAGCACAACGCCUCCCCCCCAACCAUUACCAAACCAUCAUCCACACAAAGCUUCACUGUGGCUCAGUUCUCGUCGCGUGGACUUUAAACUCGGGGGUACCUGAACCUCACAGAUCGCCAAUGCUAACAAGGAACUGCCUGCUGCUGUUCCUGUGGGGUCUUGUCAACGAGGGCUCGGUCUCGUCUUUACGUCCACCUUCGCCGCCGCUGGGACGGAGCCGGACGGGGCGGGAGCACGCCAGGAGCUCGGCGGGCCCGAUGAGGAAUGGGGCGGCUGGAUUUCAGCGGGUCAAAAGGGGCUGGGUGUGGAACCAGUUCUUCGUGCUGGAGGAGUACAUGGGGUCGGACCCGCAGUACGUGGGAAAGCUGCACACUGACCUCGAUAGGGGGGACAGUGCGGUGAAGUACACUCUCUCUGGGGAAGGGGCUGGCUCCAUUUUCACAAUUGACCAAACAACGGGGGACAUCCAUGCCUUAAGGAGUCUUGACAGGGAGGAGAAGCCUUACUACACCCUGCGCGCCCAGGCAGUCGACAUCGACACCAAUCGGCCCCUGGAGCCGGAAUCGGAAUUCGUAAUCAAGGUCCAAGAUAUCAAUGACAACGAGCCAAAGUUCCUGGAGGGACCGUACAUGGCCAGCGUUCCCGAGAUGUCACCAGUCGGGACGUACGUGACGCAAGUAACAGCCACGGAUGCAGACGACCCGACGUAUGGAAACAGUGCCAGAGUCGUAUACAGCAUCCUGCAUGGCCAACCGUACUUCUCUGUGGAUCCCAAAACAGGGGUUAUAAAGACAGCCUUGCCCAACAUGGACAGAGAGGUGAAGGAACAGUACCAGGUAUUAAUCCAGGCCAAGGACAUGGGGGGCCAGCUGGGAGGCCUGGCCGGGACCACCACCGUCAACAUCAGCCUCAGCGACGUCAACGACAACCCGCCCCGCUUCUCCAAAAGUUUCUUCCACCUGAGAGUUCCUGAAUCGUCGGCGGUGGGAUCUGCUGUUGGGAGAAUCAAAGCGCACGAUCUGGACAUCGGGAAAAACGCCGAGGUGGAGUACACCAUCGUACCAGGUGACGGAGGCGCCAUGUUCGAUAUCACCACCAACGAGCACAACCAAGAGGGGAUCCUUAUUCUCAAAAGGCCCCUGGACUAUGAAACCAAGAAGGCGUACACCUUUAAGGUUGAUGCCUCCAAUGCUCAUCUGGAUCCUCGGUUUCAAAGCUUUGGGGCCUUCAAAGACACAGCAACAGUGAAGAUUAACGUUUUGGAUGUGGAUGAGCCCCCGGUGUUCAAUAAGCCCUCCUAUGUGAUGGAUGUGUAUGAGGACACACCUGCGGGUACCAUCAUUGGAGCGGUGACGGCACAGGAUUUAGACGCCAGCAGCAGUCCAGUCAGGUAUUCCAUUGACUGGAAGAGCGACUUGGACAGCUACUUCGACAUUGAUCCGGUGGAGGGAACCAUUUCCACGAACGAACUCCUGGACAGGGAGAGCAUCGCUCAGCACAAUAUCUCCAUCGUGGCAACCAAACUUAACAGUCCGGUCCUGACCAGCCGGGUGGCCGUCACUGUCCAUGUGCUGGACAUCAACGAGUUCCCGCCUGAACUCGCCAGUCCGUACGAGACCUUUGUGUGUGAAAAUGCCAAAGUGGGACAGGUGAUUCAAACCUUCAGUGCAAAAGACCAGGAUCUACCAUCAGCUGGACAACAGUUCUCCUUCAGAUCACCAAAAGAAGACCUUAAAAAUAAGAAUUUCACCAUCCGGGACUUUGGAAAUAACACAGCUGGAAUCGUGACUAAGCGUGGUGGAUUCAGGCGGCGUUUGCAGGAGAUCUACUUCCUCCCCGUGGUGAUUGACGAUAAUGGAUACCCACCUAAGAGCAGCACAGGCACGUUGACCAUCCGUGUUUGUGGCUGCGAAUCGGAUGGUUCCUUGUUGACCUGCAGCGCUGAGGCCAUCUUUCUUCCUGUUGGUCUCAGCACAGGAGCUCUGAUUGCGAUUCUUCUAUGUAUCGUCAUCCUGUUAGUUAUUGUGGUCCUCUACGUGGGCUUGAGACGGCAGAAGAAAAAGGAAACCCUCAUGUCAUCCAAAGAGGACAUCCGGGAUAAUGUGAUCCACUACGAUGACGAGGGAGGUGGGGAAGAGGACACACACGCCUUCGACAUGGGGACGCUUCGCAAUCCCAAGGUUGUCAAGGAGAACCUGUACCGCAGGGACAUCAAACCUGAGAUGAAGCGAGGUCCAAGGCCGGCCAUCUCUCAGGACAGCGCCGACAUCCGAGACUUCAUCAACCAGCGUCUGAAAGAGCACGACACGGACAACUCAGCGCCGCCCUACGACUCCUUGGCGACGUACGCCUAUGAGGGCGACGGCUCCGUGGCCGAGUCGCUCAGCUCCAUCGAGUCCCUCGCAAUAGACCUCGAGGAGGACUAUGAUUACCUCAGUGACUGGGGGCCCCGCUUUAAGACACUGGCAGGGAUAUUCGGGGAACAGUCGGAAACUCAUUCGGACUCUACAACCACGGAGAACACACAUUGAUGUUAUUCACAGACUCAAAAAAGCAAAUAUGUAACAAUGUUCUUUCUUUGGUUGGCGACACACAAUGUUUUACACUUUUCUUCCCAUGUUAUCUGUUUUUUUUUUUCCAGUGCACCGUUUUCUGUUCAUGUGGUACUUUACCAUGCUCAGUCCCAAAAUUGUAAAACAAAAAAAAAAAAAAAGAGAGAAAAACAAGAGAACAUACGGUAACAUGAGUAGAUGAGCGAAGCAGCCAUUCAAUUUCCUUUCGACUGAAUGUUGUUUCUUGUCUUACAUUUUGUUUCCUCUCUGGGAAUUCGCAUACGAAUGGAAAUGCUGCCAUUUCCUGGAACAUCCUUUAAAGUGCCUCAAUAUAAUUGUUCUUUCAAUUGCUAUUUCAUGCCACAUGUCCAGUGUUGUUUCUUAGUACCCCAUAGGUUCAGCCGAUGCAGUCAGCGCUCUGACUGGCCGAGGCAUCUAACGAGACCAAUGUCAACUCUGUGGGGACAAUGAGGUGGCCCGAGUUUGGCCAAAGAUGUUUUGAAUGUUAUUUAUUGUUCUAUUUAUUUAUUGGCUGAUUGAGUUUGAUUAGACUUUUUGUGUAUUUAUCUAUUUAUCUCUCAGUCAUCAAUCGGUAUUUUUUAUUUUUGGAGACACUCGAGGAAUUUUGUAAUUAAAUCAAGGCCCACAUGAAAAUGUAUGUUUCUGUUAGGUGGGUCCUGUGAAUAGACUUGUACUAGAGUUGUAAAAAGAUAAAUUAGGGCUAAAUACUACAGUUCAGUCAUGUAAUAAGCACUGUUUUCUUAAAUAAACCAUACUUGGACAGAAA